AUGACGGUUCCUGCCAGUCUUGGCCAUGUUGACUCCCUAUUUCCUCAUAUCGAGAAGGAUUGGUGGAAAAAAGCUUACAAUGAGAUGUACCUCUACACCGACGGCGACUGUGUCGAAAUCCCCGCUAUCACAGAAACCGAAUGCAACGAGCUCGUCGGAAUCCCUUGUGUGCAACAGCUAUUACGAACUCAAGAAUCUCAGAUCAACGUGUUGGAUCUAUGCUGUGGCCAAGGCCGACAUAGCAUCAACCUUGCCAAACGCUUCCCAUCGGUGAACUUUCGCGGCGUCGACCAGAGCACCUACCUUCUUGGCCUUGCUCGAGAACGAGUGAUAGCAGAAGAUGUGCAGGGCAACACCAUGUUUCAGGAGGGAGACCUUCGUCGGAUUCCUGAAGCGGAUUGCUCCUUUGAUCUGGUUAUACUUCUGGGAAACUCCUUUGGGCACUGCAAUGAUGAGGGAGACCUAGAGUCCCUCCGCGAGGUCUCUCGGGUCCUGAAGCCAGGAGGCAUCUUCAUCAUUGACUACGUGGAUGGAUCUUGGAUUAGAUCCAACUUCAGUUCAAGUGGAUGGGAAUGGCUUGAGGGCAAAAAGACACUUAUGGCCUGUCGGGAACGAGAGCUUUCUCCAGAUAAAACUCUUCUCGCCAGCCGAGAAAUUGUGAUUGAUUUGGAAGGCCCUACAGUCCUCCAGGACCUUUUCUAUUCCGUCAGGCUUUACGAUAUGGAGGAAAUGGACAAUCUUUUGCAGAAAGUGGGGUUAAAUCUUCAAGCAGAAGAUGGGUUGCAGCUGAUAACGUCGACACGAGAAGGCACCAUUGACAUGGGAAUGAUGGAGCGAAGGCAGUUAGUCGUUGCGCAGAAGCCAGCCGAGUCCAAAACUGCCAAUCCUCUUGAUAGAGACGCGGAUGUCUAUGUGCAUCCAAAUUUGGUACAAUACUACAAUAGUCACAAAGGAAGAUCCCUACAGGUCUCUGCAUCUGUGCCAGCAGGAACCACAAUCCUCGCAGAUGUACCAUAUGCUUUGACCCCGUCUCUGGAUCCAUCUCAACCCGAGGCCCUAAUUUGCAGUAACCUGAAAUGCCGCCAACGGGUGACACAAUACAAAGAGAGCGUUCGUUGCCAAAGCAAUUGUAUCCGAGAUGUGGCUUGGUGUAACAUUGAUUGCCGAACUGCGGAUCAGGCUCGGCAUGAUUUUGAAUGCGCUUGGUUGAAAAACCAAGGAGAGAAUCUUCGUCAAAACGAGGGUCAGUAUACUUUUGCUAUGAUUUGGACAGUCCUCCGUCUUCUAGCGGGAAGAUACCUUGAGCUCCAGGCAGGAUCCAAACCAUCGAAACUUUAUUCCUGGGAAGAUCGGUUCAAGCGGGGAUGGGAAUCCGUUGAUCUCCUCCACAGUAACCGGGAGCAGUGGCCCCAGACGCAGAUUCAGCACUGGAAAAGGCUUGUUGAGCUAUACCUAACUCAUGAUAUUCAGUCAGAUCUUAAUUUCGACGACAUGGUGGACCUCAUCUGCAAAGAAGAGUCUAACUCGUUCGGACUAUACCCAAGGGAGACCGGGAUAUUUCCCAUUCCGGACCCCCCAGUUGACCGAGGCUUGGAUUACGGGUUGGGUAUCUAUCCAAGAGCCACAAUCAUAAACCAUUCCUGCAUUCCAAAUAUCACCUGGAAACCAGACAGCAAUGGGCGAAUGGUUUUCACUACUUCGCGGAACCUUGCCGCAGGUGAAGAAUGUCUCAUUUGCUAUUUUGAUUUACCCAAGUAUGUAGACGUCAAAGCACGGCAAAAUCUGCUACAAGAAGACUUCCUAUUUUCUUGCGCCUGUGAGCGAUGCACUCAGGAACUGGCCGAGGAACUGUAG